AUGGCUUCUGAGAAGGCCGCAUCGCGCUCUCCCAGCGCGAGUCUGGAACCUGAGACGAUGAAGGCACGCAUGGAAGCCCGUUUGGCUGCCAUUGACACCAGUUCAGAAGACGACGAACCCGAACAAACCCGCAAGAAGAGCAAGUCACCACCACAAGCCACCCAGGCAAGCGACUCGGAAGAAGAAGUCGUCUUCCGCCCCAGAGGACGGCUCGCUGCCCAGCUCAAGGGUGGUGCCGAGCCUUCAGACGCAGAAGACAAGCCCGAGAGCUUCCUAGACCGAAUUCAGAGACGACUGGCGUCCAACAAUGACGAAGAUGCAGACGAAGAGGACGAGGACGCGAUUAUGGGAGACGCGGAAGAAGAUGACAUUCCGGUAGCACCACGGCGACUGCAGAGGAAGCAGGACAGACAAACCACGCCGCCACCCCCACAGAGCCCAGCGGCACGGUCGAGUCCUGGACUAUUCGUGUCUCCGGAUCGCCAGUCACCCAUCAAGCCUGCAACAAUAACAGCCGAUGACGCUUCCGACUCGGACUCACUCCCCUCGAUUACAAAGAAUGCCAGGUUCCAGGCACUCGUCGAGCGCAAGAAACAAGAGAGACUCACACGCGAAGCAGAGGAGGAGAAGAAGCGUGCCGAGCGAAUGGAGCGCCAGCCCACCAGCAACGUCGACCUCUUCGACGACGAUGAUGACGCUGGCAACGUCUCCGAUAUUACAGACGACGAGGGCGGCCGGAAGCUCAGCCAGGCCGUAAGGCCCACGAGGAAGGCCGGGAAGAAAGCCGUCGAAGAGAUGGCUCGCGAGACCCAGCGCAUGGCCCGUAACAUGCAGCUUGCCCACGAGGCCAAGACGAGAAAGAAAUUCACAAAGGCGGAUUUCCUCCAGAGGUUCAACUUCGGAGCUCAACCCAAGCCUGAUCCCAAGCUGUCGAGCUCCAGUCGCCCUACCACGCCUGUCUCGGCGCACCAGACCGACGCUGAGAUGAAGGACCCCGAGACACCGCCUAGCUCCCCGCCUGUCGCCAAGGCUGCCUCUCCUGCAAAGGUUCAAGAGCCCACCACCGUCGCGCAGCGUACUGUUGACUCCGAUGGUGAUGGCGGCAUACCUUCCCUCGAUGACGUGUUCGAGGCAUCGAGAAGAGUUGACAAAGGCAAGGCCAAGGCCGUUGCGUCUCCCGAAGAGACGGUUGUCAAAGACGUUAAACCUCGACGUCAAGUCCGCAUCAAGCUGCCCUCAGUCUCAGUAAACCAUGCAGUCAUCGACCUUGACGACGAUGAUGAUCUGGCCAUCGCCAAAAACAGCAAAUUCGAUGCCAUUUUCAACAGGGCCCCUGGAAGCAAGGCAGAUGGAUCUCGAUCUCUACUCAAUCUGCGCCGCCUCGCUCGGGUGGGAUCGCCAACCAAAGAGAGAAAGAGAAAAUACGAAAAGGCAACAAUCACCACGGCUCAAUUGCGGAUGACUUUGCAGCAGCGCGCCCGCCAGCAGGCCAAGAUGGAGCGCGAAAAGCGAGUCGAGUACUUAAAGUCAAAGGGCAUCGUCGUGCAGACCGCCGAGGAGCGUGAGCGCGAGAUGCAAGAGGUUGAGGACAUCGUCUCCCGCGCCAGAAGGGAAGCCGAGGAGAUCAUGGAGCGCGAGAGAGCAGCUGCCAAGAAGGAGAAGAAAGAGAAGAGGAAGAAUGGCGAGCUCGAUGUCUGGGACGACAGCGACGACGAGUCGUACGGCGGUUCCGAAGAGGAGGCGGAGGGAGGCGUUGAGGUUGAGCUUGAGUUGUCUGGCUCUGAAGACGAGGAUGCCGAUGUGGAUGAAGAUGGCUCCGAGGCGGAGAUGGAAGGUGUUGCGCUGUUCGACAACGAAGCUGACGAUAGCGGCUCAGAGCACCCUGAAGCCGAGGCUGAUGCUUCAGAAGUCGAGAAUGACCCCGUGUCUGAAGACGACUUGGGUCUUCCUACGCGCAACAUCCGUCGAACAAAGAAGAGCCAGGUCAUCUCGGACGAUGAAGACGAGGACAGAAUCGAGGCGACGCCUAGGCCCAGGACUGCAACUCAACAAUCUCCCGUUGCACCCAACACCAAGUCACCCGCCGUCCCCACCUCGGUACUGCGCUCUGCGAAGAAGACAUUUAUUCCUGGACUGCCUGUUACAGGAGCCGCUGGGCUAGGUCUUACCCAGAUCUUUGCUGGUACAAUGGAUGAUAGCCAGGCAGCUCUCGGCACGAUCCCAUCUCAGUCACCUAUGCCGGAUUUCGACAGCCUUCCCGACUCUAACUUGAUGGGCCUCACCCAACAACACGACAGCAUGAUCCUCGAUAGCCAGGGCGGCGACACCCAGAGAGCCGAGACGCAGCCGGAUUCAGCAGAAGGCGUACACCUUCACUUCACUCAAUCCCAGGCGCAUGGGUUUGACAGCCUCCUGCGUGACGACGAGCCGUUUACGCAGGUUUCUAUGGAUGCCACUCAGGACGCUGGCCCACAAGACUACACGCCGUUGAAACAGCGCUUCGUCGAGCCGCCUCCUUCGACCGUAGACACCAUGGUCCUCGACAACGAUGCCGAGGUUGACUCAGUACAGGAGUCGCCUCUUGUUCGCAGGGGCAAACUGCGCCGCAAGAUCGAUAUCGCAGCUGCUGUCAUGGAUGACGAAGACGUCGCGGAGUCCAGGGCCAGUCCCGAGGUCGACGAGUUCGGCUUCAAGACGACAGCUUUCAACGUCAUGAAGGAGGCCGUCAAGAAGCAGAAACAGCUCAAGAAGGCGGAGGAGUACAACCGCAAGAAGAGCAAGGCCAAGGAAAUGGUGGAGGACCAGGCCGACGAGUCCGAGGACGAAUACGCUGGACUUGGAGGUGCGGAUGGCGAGGACAGCGACGACGACAGUGAUGCUGCCUCCGUGAAGGAGAUGAUUGACGACGAGAACGGCAUGACUGCCGAUGACGAGCGCAAACUUGCUGCUCUUCACGCUGAUAAUGAGCGUCAGAGCGACGAGAAGAUGGUAGACAAGCUCUUCCACGACAUUACGACUGGCAUGCUCCGUCGUAAGCGCGGCGCCGACUAUGACCUCUCCGACUCAGAUGACGGCGGUGAGGCCCGUCGGCGUUUGAAGCGUCGCCAGUUCCAGAAGAUGCAGCAGGCCCUCUUCGCCGACGAACGCAUCAAAAAGAUUGCCGAGAAACCAGGCAACCAGGCCUUCCUUCGCACCAUCGAGGACCGCGGCAGCGACGAGGAGAUGGACUUCCUCGAUUUCGCGCCCGAACCGGCGGAAACUGAGGACUCUCAGUCCCAGGAGCAGCAGCAGCAGACUACUGUGCCUGACAGCCAACCUGGGGCGCAACGUGCACCUCUCGCCUCCAACGCCGCGAACGUGCCCUCCACCACCAACGCUCGCAGGACAAAGGACGGCAAGAGGCCCUCUAAUCUGGGCGAGAUUCGCGAGUCCGUCUCCAGUCUGCUCGAGGACCUUAACGAGGUGAUUCCUGCUACCGAUCCGCAGUCGGACAGCGAGGCGGAUGACGAGGAGGCACAACCCUCGCGCGGGGGUGACAAGGAGAACCACUCCCCCGGUAAGAACCCCCGUCGCACAAACUCGCGCCAGGUGGUCGUCGACCGCCUCACGAUGAAGCGCCAGUCAUCCUCCACCAUGUCGACGACAUCCACUAAGCUCGCCUUUGCUAUGCCCAACGCCGCUGCCUCGGCUUCUAGCGGCGGCAGCAGCUUCAGAGUCCCCGCGCUGCUCCGGCGCGCGACGACGAACUCGUCCGUGUUGAGUUCGCAGGGCAGCGGCGGAGGCAGUAUCAGCGGUGGUAUUGGCGGCAGCGGAGCUGGCAAUGGCGGGGCCGCGGGUUUCUCUGCUCGUGGCGGUGGUGGCGGUGGUUUCGGCGACGAUGGCAAGAUUAAGAAGAACGCAAGUAAGAAGUCUGGUGUUAGUGCUUUGGCGAGAGAGAAUGAGCGCCGCGCGGCGAUCCAAGAGAAUGAGAAGAGGAGGGAGGCGAGGAAGUGGAAGGGUGCUGAAAGGAGACACCAGGCUGUCAAUGGGCUGUUUGGUUCGGGCAAGUUUGAGUGA